AUGCUCAAAUAUAUAAAUCAAGUUAACGUCAAAUUUUCGCCGUUUGCUAAAAAUGCACGAACUCCUCGAAUAUUUUUGUCUCGUGUAAUGAUGGAUGAAGCUCGUCUCUUGAAUCCGCACAUAAAAAUAAAUACAACAGUUUUUACCGAUAUUAAUGCACAGCCAAGCAUAAGUGUUACGUUUCGUGAUGGCAAGACUCUUGAUUUCGCCACUGAAGCUAUGAAGAUAGACGAUGUCUUGAAUGUUGUAAAAAAACACGCACGGAAAUUACGAGAUUUAGAAGAGGCGAAUUCGUAA